AUGAUCUCCAACACCCUCUACCCAACCAUCUAUUUCUCCCACUUUCGAGUAAGACGACAAUUUGGGGAUGAGAGGGCAAAGAUGGAGAAAAGCGUAAAAAUUAAGAAUCCACGUUACAAAGACUGGACUUCAGAUGAGAAAAUCAAAGAAAAGAGGAGACAGAGCUGCAGAUCCCGAAUAGCAGUGACCAGUGACCCCUCCGGUGAUCCAACACUGCUGGUGAAAAAUUUGCACAUAAAGAAACUAAGGAAACAAAAUCUGUUCUUCGGAUCGAUCGAUUCGACUCCAAUUUUCAGGUACCAAUUGAAAAAUGGAAAAAUCAUGCUCUUUGCUGUCAUGCUUCUGCUAAAUGGUGAAACCCUCCCUCAGCUCUUCAUUACUAUAGUUAGAUACGUGUUACCCUCUGAAGACCACACUGUUCAGAAAUUGCUGUUGUUAUAUUUGGAGAUCAUCGACAAGACUGAUGGCAAAGGUCGUGUAUUGCCUGAAAUGAUCUUGAUCUGCCAGAAUCUCAGGAAUAAUCUUCAGCACCCAAAUGAAUACAUCCGAGGUGUCACACUGAGGUUCCUUUGCCGGCUGAACGAGGUGGAGAUCAUUGAGCCUUUGAUACCCUCCAUUAUGUCUAACUUGGAACAUCGUAACCCUUAUGUUAGGAAAAAUGCAAUUCUUGCUGUGAUGUCAAUUUACAAGCUCCCACAGGGCGAGCAGCUCUUGGUUGAUGCACCGGAGACUAUUGAGAGGUUUCUUUCGACGGAGCAGGAUCCAUCAGCUAAGAGGAAUGCCUUUCUGAUGCUUUUCAAUUGUGCUCAGGAUCGUGCUAUAAAUUACCUUUUGACCAAUGUUGACAGAGUAGGUGACUGGGGGGAACUAAUGCAGAUGGUUGUAUUGGAGUUGAUCCGGAAAGUUUGUAGGAUGAACAAAGGAGAAAAAGGGAAAUAUAUAAAGAUAAUUAUAUCACUCCUGAAUGCGCCUUCAGCUGCUGUUGUCUAUGAAUGUGCUGGAACCCUUGUUUCUUUGUCUUCUGCUCCUACGGCUAUUAGAGCUGCAGCUAGUACAUAUUGCCAGCUUCUUCUCUCUCAGAGUGACAAUAAUGUUAAGCUCAUUGUGCUUGAUCGUCUGAAUGAACUUAAAUCCUCCCACAGAGAUAUUAUGGUUGACAUGAUCAUGGAUGUACUGAGGGCACUAUCAAGCCCAAACCUUGACAUCCAAAGGAAAACUAUUGAUAUUGUUCUCGAACUGAUCACGCCUCGAAAUGUCAAUGAGGUAGUUCUUACUUUGAAGAAGGAAGUUAUGAAAACUCAGAGUGGGGAACUUGAGAAGAAUGGGGAGUAUCGCCAAAUUCUUAUUCAAGCCAUCCAUUCUUGUGCGAUAAAAUUCCCUGAAGUAGCAAGCACAGUGGUCCAUCUAUUGAUGGAUUUCUUGGGAGACAACAAUGUAGCUUCCGCUGUGGAUGUUGUCAUUUUUGUGCGAGAGAUAAUUGAAACCAACCCGAAAUUAAGAGUUUCUAUUGUUACCAGGCUUUUGGAUACAUUUUAUCAGAUCCGAGCUGCAAGAGUUUGUUCCUGUUCUCUUUGGAUCAUUGGAGAGUAUUGCCUCUCACUUUCUGAAGUUGAGAGUGGCAUUUCAACUAUAAAGCAGUGCCUUGGAGACCUACCCUUUUUUUCGGUUUCUGAAGAAGAGGAAGCUGCUGAUUCUACCAAGAAACCCCAGCUAACAAACUCCACUACCAUUUCAUCUAGAAGACCAGCCAUCCUUGCUGAUGGGACUUAUGCUACUCAAAGUGCUGCCUCUGAAACUGCUUUCUCCCCUCCAACUGUAGUUCAAGGAUCUUUGACUACUGGAAAUUUGAGGUCCCUUCUUCUUGCUGGCGAUUUUUUUCUUGGGGCAGUUGUUGCCUGCACACUAACGAAGCUUGUAUUGAGAUUAGAUGAGGUUCAACCUUCAAAGGUUGAAGUGAACAAAGCAUCAACCAGUGCAUUAUUGAUCAUGGUCUCGAUUCUACAGCUAGGGCAAUCUUCAGUUCUCCCUCACCCAAUUGACAAUGAUUCUUAUCACAGGAUUGCUCUUUGCAUAAGAUUGCUGUGCAACACAGGGAAUGCUGUCAGGACAAUCUGGUUGAAGUCUUGCCAUGAGAGUUUUGUUCAAAUGCUUUUAGAUAAACAGUUACGUGAAGCUGAGGAAAUUAAAGCGAAGUCUCAGAUUUCUCAUUUGCAGCCUGAUGACCUUAUUGACUUCUACCAUUUGAAGAGCAGGAAGGGAAUGAGCCAGCUGGAGUUGGAAGAUGAGGUUCAAGAUGAUUUGAAACGUGCUACUGGGGAGUUUGUUAAGGAUGCGGAUGAUGCUAAUAAGCUAAACCGUAUCGUUCAACUGACAGGAUUUAGUGACCCAGUUUAUGCUGAAGCUUGUGUGACAGUUCAUCAAUAUGAUAUUGUUCUGGACGUUACAGUUAUUAAUAGAACCAAGCAGACCCUUCAGAAUUUGUGCUUGGAGCUGGCUACAAUGGGCGAUCUUAAACUUGUUGAGCGACCACAGAAUUAUACUUUGGCACCUGAGUCAAGCAAGCAAAUAAAAGCAAAUAUUAAGGUGUCCUCUACUGAGACAGGAGUUAUAUUUGGAAACAUUGUUUACGAGACCUCAAAUGUACUUGAGCGGGCUGUUGUGGUCCUCAAUGAUAUUCAUAUUGAUAUUAUGGACUACAUCUCUCCUGCUGUGUGUGGUGAUGCUGCUUUCAAAACUAUGUGGGCAGAAUUUGAGUGGGAAAACAAGGUUGCUGUCAACACUACAAUAACAGAUGAGAAAGAAUUUCUUGACCAUAUAAUCAAAUCGACCAAUAUGAAAUGCCUGACUGCACAGUCGGCACUGGACGGUGACUGCGGGUUCUUAGCUGCUAACUUAAGGGAGGAAGCUGAUCUCAUUAACAGGAUUACGCUCAAAACAUGCUUGGAAGAAUAG